AUGUAUCAAAAUCCAGGAAUCCAGCCAGAACUAUCAUCGGAUACUUUUUACCCAUCCUAUGAUGCCUUUUCCACGACAAGAGGAGAUAAUCUUAAUAAUCCUUACACAACUGCGCCAAUCAAUAAUGACGAUUAUUCUACCUCCUCUUUUGCAAAUGAUUCAUCUUACACUCCACAAUUUAUCGGUAACGAUUCUAACGGCCAACAGAUUUUAGAACAAAACCCACCAAAUACCAUUCCCCCACGGAAUAAUCUUCCUAUUAAUUCACCUAGAUUGACUAAUAAUAUUAGCCCUUCCCAGAUUCAAACAGUUGAAAUUCUCGGUUAUGAAAUUAUUAUAAUCCCCACAUCUUCUCCGUUGGCAAGUUUAAUCAGUUUAGACGUGCAAAAUCAACUACGACGAGGCAAUACUCAUUUGGAUUAUUCUUCUUAUUCGGUUAUUCCACCACGAUUAAAUCAAGAACGGGAUUAUACCUUUGCAACAAAUAGAUUCGAUCCAACUUUGCAAUACCUUUCUCAACCGCCGCAGUCGAACCCUAGCUCUCCCCAAAUACAAACGAUUGAAAUUCCCGGUUAUAAACUUAUUAUAAUCCCCACAUCUCCAUUAGCGAAUUCAACCAAUUUAGACAUGCAACGUCAACUUCAGCAAGGCAAUAUUUCUUUAGAUUAUUCUUCUUAUUCGGUUAAUUCACAACCACAAUUAAAUCGAGAUCAACACUAUGUUCCUAAUGCAGGUGAAACUUCUAUUAGCUCAAAUGUUAUAGACAUACAUAAUUUCGUUCAAGACAAUAGACAGCCCCAACAUCAACAACAAAAUAAUUUAGGAUUAAAUGAAUCGCUUAAUGACUUCAACAACUUUUUUG